CUCAGUCCUCACAGCUUCAUCAAAGACACACUGAACAGAUGGAAACAGAAGCAGAGGGAGAGGACUGUGGAGGAGCAGAAGCAGCCAGGAACUCAGAUCCAGAUACACAUUUACAACCUGAGACUGAUGACAAGACUGGAGAGUUGUCUGAACCAGAGACUGAUGACAGUGAUGAUUGGACGAAGACCAGAGAACCUCAGUCAGGUUUAAACUCUCUGAAAAAUGAUCAAGUCUCUGUCAAUGAUUUGAUUGUUGGUGAGAAACGAUUUAGCUGCUCUAAGUGUGGGAAAAGAUUUGGUCACAGUGGAGAUCUGAAGAGACACAUGAGAGCUCAUACAGGAGAGAAACCAUUUAGCUGUUCUGAGUGUGGGAAAAGAUUUGGUCGUCGUGGAAUUCUGAAGCAACACAUGGUAGCUCAUACAGGAGAGAAACCAUUUAGCUGUUCUGAGUGUGGGAAAAGAUUUGGUCGUCGAGGAAUUCUGAAGCAACACAUGAUAUCUCAUACAGGAGAGAAACCAUUUAGCUGCACAGAGUGUGAGAAAAGAUUUUGUUACAGUGGCGAUCUGAAGAAACACAUGACAUUUCAUUCCGCAGAGAAACCAUUUAGCUGCUCUGAGUGUGGGAAAAGAUUUGGUUACAGCCGUGAUCUGAAGGGACACAUGAGAUCUCAUACGGGAGAGAAACCAUUUAGCUGUUCUGAAUGUGGAAAAACAUUCGGUUACAGUGGAGAUCUGAACAAACACAUGAGAUUUCAUACAGGUGAGAAACCAUUUAGCUGCUCUGAGUGUGGGAAAACAUUUGUUUACAGUGGAGAUCUGAAAAAACACAUGAGAUCUCAUACAGGAGAGAAACCGUUUAGCUGCUCUGAAUGUGGGAAAACAUUUGGUUACAGUGAAAGUCUUAAAUUACACAUGAGAGCUCAUAUAGGAGAGAAACCAUUUAGCUGCUCUGAGUGUGGAAAAAGAUUUGGCCUCAGGGCAAUUCUGGCAGUACACAUGAGAUCUCAUACAGGAGAGAGACCAUUUAGUUGCUCUGAGUGUGGGAAAAGAUUUGGUUACAGCGGAGCUCUGAAGAGACACAUGAGAACUCAUACAGGAGAGAAACCAUUUAGGUGCUCUGAAUGUGGCAAAACCUUUGGUCAAAGUGGAGAUCUUAGGAAACACAUGAGAACUCAUACAGGAUAGAAACUAUUUAGCUGCCCUGAGUGUGGCAAAAGAUUUGGUUGUAGCAGAGUUCUGAAGGAGCACAAGAUAUCAUAUGGGAGAGAAACCAUUUAGCUGCUCUGAGUGUGGGAAAAAGAUUUGACACACUGACACUCUCAUUGUUAAUACUUGAAAAAAUCCAGGGACCAUGCACGUGGCAGCUGAACCCAACUUUGCUCAAAAAAGCUGAUUUUUGUAAAUUCGUGAGAAACCAAAUUAAGUUUGUCUGUGAAACAAACUGUGCCUCUUCCCCCAGUAGCUUUGUAUUGUGGGACACAAUGAAAGCCUUCUUAAGAGGGCAGAUAAUUUCUUAUACCAAUGUUUUAAAAACACAUGGUUGAAAUGAAUGAACUUGAGAAAGAAGUCCUAUAUUUGGAAAAUUAACAACAUAUGUCACGCUCAAGGGAGACCUACUAAACUUGAGUAAACAAAAAGCUUAAAUAUAACCUCUUGAACACAUACAGAAUAGAAAUAAAUAUUCUUUGAACCAAACACAGAUGCUAUGAAUUGGGGGGAAAGGCGCAGAAAGUCUUGGCUUGGCAGUUGAAGACGGAGGAGAAAUCGAGAAUUGUUAAUUCCAUAGAAACUGAAAAUGGGACUGAAGCAAGAAACCUAAAAGAAAUGAAUGAUUGCUUUAAACACUAUUAUUCUGCAUUAUAUACAUCAAAGUCCACAGAUGACCCUGCCACAAUAGAUACAUUCUUAUUAACUAUUGAACUACCAAACUUAACAGAGGAGGACCAGGAGGAGAAGAACUCCCCUUUCACUCAAAAAGAAAUCAAAAAAGCCAUCUCCUCAUUACAGUCUAAUAAAUCACCCGGUGAAGAUGGGUUCCCUCCUGAAUUUUACAAGGAGUUAAAAAACCUGCUUGUCCCCAUCUUUAAAGAUGUUUUAAAUUUGACAACAGAAACUCAAACUCGACGAGAUUCCUUUUCUAUGGCCUCACUAAUGGUUAUUCAUAUGAAAAACAAAGACCCCAAAAAAUGCUCCUCCUAUAGGCCUAUUAGCUUUCUAAAUGCAGACUUCAAGAUUAUUGCCAAAGCCUUGACCAAUAGAUUAAACAGGUUCCUCUCUAAGCUUAUCAAUAUCGACCAAACAGUUUUUAUGAACAAACGAUUUUUAGCUGAUAACCUCCGCAGACUUUUCGACAUUAUUCAUUUAGCAAACACUAGAGAUGAACCCACUAUUGCAUUCUCAUUGGAUGCAGAAAAGGCCUUUGACUGCCUUGAAUGGCCAUAUCUGCAAAAGGUCCUGAGCAGAUUUUGGGUUUGGUGCGUCCUUCAUUAAUUGGGUAAAAACUCUAUACCACGAACCACACGCAAAGACAGCCACAGAUGGUGUAAUGUCAACCCCCAUUACAUUAAAAAGAAGCAGCAGAUGGGGUUGUCCACAUUCUGCCGGGCCUUUUGUCCUAGCAAUAGAGCCACUGGCACAAGCAGUGAGACACUCAGCCUUCAUUUGGAAUUGUGUGUUAUCAGCUUUUCUCUCCCAUAUUGGAGAAGCAGACAAGAGAACUGGCAUGGUUAGGUCCGUUCCAAAAGUCACACAACAACACAAACUAACUGUCCAAUUGAAGGGCAGCUGAAGACCAGCGACUCAUUGUGUUCUGUGAGGUGAAAUUACUGAUUCUUUCUGUGGAGUCUGGUUGCUUUUAGGAGAGCAUCAUGUAACUGCAUCAGUUUUCAGUUGUAAAGGGCUGUCUGACAGCAUGGUUAGGUGUUGAAAAUACUUUUAAUGUAGUGUCCACUUAAACUGAUGUGGAUAUUGUUUAGGUGACCCUGUUUUUAUGUGGCUAAGAUAGGUUUUGCUGCUGCCCCCGUCCACAGUCACCAAACUCCUUUGAUAGAAACAGUCCUUUUUUCUACCUAGCUCCCAUGCCAUUUUUAGUCUCUUUUGGGUCCAUCUGUAUCAUUCUGUGUCCCCUCUUGAAAUUCAGAGGUUUUACGGGUUCCCAAAGGCAGUGCAUGUGGAACUAUUUGUUGGUUGUUUUUGUUGUGUUUUUCCCUUAGCAGCAGUAGUAUGCAGUAGCAGUAGCACUCAGACAGCGUCAAACGAGGGAGCAGUGUCUAAGUGCCCUAUUAUUUAAUAUAGCAUGCGCUCACGGGCUGCAGGCAGGUCAGCCCUAGCUUCGUACUGGAGAAAUGUCUACUGUUGAACAUCCUAUCACUCAUUUGUCUAAAUGAGUGAUAGGAUGUUCAAUAGUUGACAUUUCUCCAGAACGUCGGAAAAUAGGGCCCAAGUUGGAAAAAAAAUUAGUUCCCCUUUAAAGGCUGGAUGUAACCAUUCUGAUGUUACACUUAUGGAUUCCCUGUGUAAACUGUCUACUAAUAUUUAGUGAUCUUAAUUUUGUGUACAUGGUCUGUGUGGAUUUUAUCAUUGUAUUUCUCUUUUUCCAUCCUUGUAAUAUUUUACUGAGUUAACUAAUGGAUUAGGG